UUUUUACAAUAAAAAUAAAUAAAACCCGCUAAAAUGGAAACCGUGGGAUCUGCAGCAGAUGCAGCCUCUAUAUUUGCAGAUGGAGAACGCGUGCUGUGCUUCCACGGCCCGCUCAUUUACGAAGCCAAAGUGCUCAAAACAAAACCUGACGCGACGCCGGUCCAAUACUACAUCCACUAUGCAGGCUGGAGCAAAAACUGGGACGAAUGGGUGCCCGAAAGCCGUGUGCUCAAAUACAAUGAUGACAAUGUACAGCGACAAAAGGAACAGGCGCGACUAUGCGGCGAGCGGUCGAAGAAGGACAACAAGAAGGGAAGCGCCAAGGCAAAAAAAAUUGAACAAGUGGGCAACGAUUCUCGAGCUUCGACUCCCUCCAAGGAGGGAAAUACAUCUCUACCGUCGGUGGUGAGUACACCCACUUCCAGUACGGGACCGAUGACAAAAUCGGACAGUGGAAACAACAUCAGCACGACCCCUAAUAGCACCAACGCCAAUACCUCAACUAGUCGUUCCAAUCGCAAGUCAACACAAAGUGCAAUAGUGUCGGCACGUCCCGGCACUCCAAAUGAAAAGAAAGAAGAUGCAACGACAGGGGAGAUCACAGAGGACGACGGCGCCACAGUGGUGCCACCCAAAAAGAAAAGGAUUAGCGAGCAACGUCCAUCAUUGAGCGGAAGUGAUACCACAACUUCUGCCGAAAAGCAGGGAACACCAGCAGCACCAACUCCGACACCAACGACUCCCACACCGCCAUCGGAACCGGCACCAUGGGUCGAAAGCGAAGAGAGCUUUACCAACAAGUUGGAAGUGAAAAUCAAAAUACCUGAUGAGCUGAAGCACUACCUGACCGAUGACUGGUAUGCGGUGGUGCGCGAGCACAAGCUGCUGGAGCUGCCCGCUAAGGUGACGAUCCAGCAAAUCGCCGAGCAGUAUUUGGCGCACAAAAAGUCUGUCAAGUCGACCAGUGCCAGCAAGGAGGUGGCCAUUAACGAUGUACUCGAAGGCAUUGUGGAGUACUUCAAUGUCAUGCUGGGCUCCCAGCUACUGUACAAAUUUGAGCGUACACAGUACGCAGAUGUGAUGCAAAAGCAUCCAGAUACACCGUUGUCCGAUCUCUAUGGUUCCUUUCACUUGCUGCGCCUUUUCGUGCGACUGGGCUCUAUGCUGACAUACUCGGCGCUGGAUCAGCAGGCCAUGCAGAACUUAAUCGUGCACCUGCAGGAUUUUCUCAAGUUUCUGGUGAAGAAUAGCGCUGUAUAUUUCAGCAUGAAUAACUUUGUAAACGUUGACCCCGAGUAUGUGCGCAAUGCACAGUAAAUUAGUAGUCCCACU